AUGUUAAAAAUGAUGGUAAUGAUGGUGGUUCUAAUGAUAAUAAAACAUUGGCACUGCCACCACCACCACCACCGUCGUCGUCGACUUCAUCAACGCAUUCAACAACGGCACAAAAUGCUAAAAAUUUAACAUCAAAAUUAUUAUUACGUUCAACAUUACUUGGUUCGAUGUCAUCACUGUCUCGACAUCAUAAUAAUCAACGGCCAGCUCAAUUAUUGAUGCCAAAAAUUCACCAACAGCAACAACAACAACAACAACAACAAAAUUUGGAAAAACCAUCAACGACAUGGCCACAAUCCAUACAGCAUUCACAAGUAACACAAACAGCAGUGUCGUGUUCGAAAUCAACGUUAGGAAAACAGGAAGAGGAAAAACGUCAUCAUCAUCAACAACAACAACAACAACAACGAAAAAAUGAUAAUGAUCAUCGAUUAAGACAUCGUCGAGAAUCUAGUUCACAGACAAACGAUAAUAUUAUUAUUAUUGAUAAUAAUUUAGUGUCAACAGUUGAUGGUCAUACUGGACAAAAAAAUUGUGAUUAUUUUCCUAACAUAAAAAUGUCACAAACAUCAUCAUCAUCACCACCACCAACACCACGAUCAUCACGAUCAUCAUCAUCAUCAUCAUCAUCAUCAUCAUCGUCAUCAUCAUCAUCUUCAUCAACAUCAAAUGUAUCAUUAGUAAAAAAUGGUAUUGAUUUGGAUCCAAAAAGCAGUAAAGGUUAUUAUAAUCCAGCCAAUACAUUACCAAUAUCGGUUAAUAGAUUAGCAAAUUUUACAAAUAAUCGUUGGUAUCCUGAACAAGAAACAACAUUCAGUAAUACUAGUAGCAAUAAUAAUAAUCAAAAUCAUUCUUAUAUGACACAGUCACAAACAUUUUUAGCUUAUCAUCAGAAUCAUCCAAAAAUUAAUAAUGGAAAAAAUGUCAAUAAUAGUAAUGAUAGAAUGAAUGAACGUAUGAAUUCAACAACCGUUGCAAUUGGAAUGUCAACAUUAUUUAGUACACCAUCAUUAUUAGCAUUACCAUCGGCGGCAUCAUCAACAAUGCCACAUUAUCGAUCGAGUCCAAUGUCAAGAUCAUAUCAGGAAACAAUAGAACAUUCUAAUGGUAUUCUGAAUGCUGCUAAUAAACCAUUUUUAGCACCAAAAAAAUCAGCUUUCCGAAAACAUCCAUUGAUUGAAAUUACACGUACACGUGCAUUAAGCCGAGCAAAAUUGAAACAAUCAUCACAGGUAUCAGCAUUACUUUCUGGUUUCGCUUUGGUUGCUAUGGUUGAAAUGGACAUUACAACACCAUCAACGAUACCAUUACCGGUGUUAAUGUUUUUUAUCACAGUUACAACAAUGCUUGUAUCGGUUCAUAUGAUUGCAUUGAUGAUUUCUACCUGUAUAUUACCGCAUAUCGAAUCAAUGAAUGCAAUGCAAGAUUUAGUAUUAACAUUAGGCACGAAUGAUGAUCAAAUAAUGAAUGAUCAUAAUGAUCCAAUGAUGGUAACAACACCAUUAAUGAAUGAUAAUCAUCCAUCAACAACAACGGCAACUUUUGUAGCGCCUGUCAAAGAAACAACCGUAGCAGAACAAUUAAUGCAAGAUGCAUCAAUUUAUUAUGGUUCAACACCGCAUCAAAAAAUGAGUCGUUAUAUUUCAAUUGCAUGGUUUUUUUCCACUGUUAUUGGUAUAUUUUUAUUCAUGCUUGAAUUAGUUGCAAUUGUAUGGGUAAAAUUCUGGGAUCAUAAUCGUGGUUCUGAUUUAGAUGAUAGUGAUGAACAUGAAUUAAUUGCCGGUGAUAAUAAUAAUAAUUAUAAUAACGAUAGAUGGCUUACUGAUGGAAAAUUUGUUGCCAUUGUUGCAUCAUUGAUAUUAAUACCAGUAUUAUUGGCAUUAAUAUUUUUUGCUUAUCAUUUUUAUAGAAAAUUGGUAUUAAUCAAAUGGGAAUUGACACAAAAAGUUUUGGAUGAAUUGAAUAAUAUUGCCGAUGGUCUAUCAGCUGGUGAAAAUAUUUGAAAACAACAAACAAAAA